CAACUUACAUUAAACCAGGCGCCAAUGACCUGACGGGAGGACAGACGGAGGGACGGAAUCGGACUUUUCUGCAAAACACUUUCAACCGCACUGCGCCCUCUUAGUUUUUAUCUGUUCAUCAAUUCUAACGCUAAUGCUCCGCCCAUCAGCGCGCGAGAAAUAUGGCGUCAUAUCUGGUUCCGCCAGCGUGACCGUCUCAUGGGUACAUUUGACAAAACGCGCAGUCGGCGGUCAGUCUUAAAAACCGGCAAGACGUUUUCUUGCAGACCCGCUGAAUCCCGGUCACCUAUUUGGAUUGAUGACCCUGCCGGUGGUCUUUGACGACACUGAUGCUGCCUCGCCGCUUUUGUCAUUGUCACCGUGCUCGCCUCCAGUUCCUUUCCACAAGGCUAAUAGGACAGAAUGUAAGCGGUGACCAGUACGAUGUCAUCGUGGUGGGCGGUGGUCACGCAGGCACCGAGGCGGCGGCGGCAGCAGCGCGGGGCGGAGCGCAGACUUUAUUGGUCACUCAAAAACUCAGCACCAUUGGGACGCUUUCCUGUAACCCAUCGUUUGGUGGCAUUGGGAAGGGUCAUCUGGUUCGGGAGGUGGAUGCACUGGAUGGUCUCUGUGGACGCCUGUGUGACCAGACGGGGAUCCACUUCAAGGUCCUGAACCGCAGCAAAGGGCCGGCCGUGUGGGGGCUGCGGGCGCAAGUGGACCGUCUGCUGUAUCGGAGUGCCAUGCAGAGAGAGGUCUGCGCCACAGCGCUAUUGAAUGUGCGAGAAGCCUCGGUGGAGGACCUGAUGGUGGAAGACCCCGAUGCCAGCAGGCCAGGGUUAGCCAGAGUGACGGGGGUCCGUUUGGGUGAUGGCGCCAUCGUUCUGGGCAGAGCAGUCAUUUUAACCACGGGCACUUUCCUCUCGGGCUCCCUGAAGUUUGGUACCAGUAGCGUCCCUGGCGGCAGGCUUGGAGAAGCCCCCUCGGUCGGUCUGUCCCUCUCCCUCUCAGAACUGGGCUUCACCAAAGGCCGUCUGAAGACGGGCACCCCGCCACGCAUUAGAAAGGAAUCGGUCAAUUUUGACAAGCUGGAGGUCCACCAUGGCGACGAGCGCCCAGUGCCAUUUAGCUUCAUGAAUGCGGAAGUGGCAAUUGAGCCCAGCCAGCAGCUCCUGUGUCACCUGACGUACACCACACCGGGGGUUGAGGAUGUCGUGCGGGACACCCUGGCAGCCAAUGAUCACGUCCAGCAGGACACCAAAGGCCCUCGGUACUGCCCCUCCAUCGAGUCCAAAGUGCUCCGCUUUCCAGGCCGUGCUCACCAGGUGUGGCUGGAACCCGAAGGCCUGAACUCUGAGCUCAUUUACCCACAAGGCUUGUCGAUGACCAUGCCAGUGGAGGCGCAGGUGGCUCUGCUCCGUCACAUCCCGGGCCUCGAAGCCGCAGACAUUGCAGCUGCAGGUUAUGGAGUGCAGUACGACUACCUGGACCCUCGGCAGCUUCACCCCACGCUGGAGACCCGUAAAGUGCAGGGCCUCUUCAUGGCCGGGCAGAUAAAUGGUACCACGGGGUACGAGGAGGCUGCUGCACAGGGCAUUGUGGCUGGCAUCAAUGCAUUUCUGCAUACCCGUUCACUGCCACCCUUCACCAUAAGCCGCACAGAGGGCUAUAUUGGGGUACUUAUCGAUGACCUGACCUCACUAGGGGUCACCGAGCCAUACAGGAUGUUCACCAGCCGGGCAGAAUUCCGAACCAUACUGAGACCAGACAACGCCGAUCAGAGGUUGACAGAAAGAGCUUAUCAUCAAACUGGCUGUAUCUCAGGUGCCCGGGUGGUGACUGCCCGCCACAUAGCCUCACGCCUUAGCGAGGGCAUCUCGCUGCUCAAGUCUCUGUGUCUGUCCAGUUAUCGGUGGAAGCAGUUGCUGCCCGAGGUUGGCAUUAGCCAGGAGCGGAGUGGACACAUGAGCGCCUUUGACGUGCUGCAGUACCGAGGAGUGACCCUGGACGCUUUAGCAGCUGUGUUUCCACAAGACCUGGUGCCAUUUCUGGACCUGUCGGAUCGAAUACAAGUUGAAGCGCUAUAUGAACCGCACGCCGAGCAGCAGAAGCUGGACAUGGAGCAGGUGCGCCGGGAUGAACAGCUGGUCCUGCCUACGGAUCUCGACUACCUUCACCUACCUGCCUCCCUGUCCAUUGAGGCCCGCGAGGUUUUGCAUCGUCACCGCCCUCCUACGAUUGCUGCAGCCUCUCGAUUGCCUGGCGUUACCCCGGCUGCCAUCAUGCACUUGCUGUACUUUCUUAGGGCCAGUGGGCAGCAGAAGGAGGCAGGUGGGCCGCUAGUGGAGCGAUAGCAAAGGAGCAGAGAGCGCAGCCACCCAUCACUCUUGGAGCUCUUUAUUUAGUGGUUUUUUCUUAAACAUGUACAGACUCACUCUCGCAACACUUUAAAAUAAAAUCGACAGGAAUUCAA